UUCUUUUUGGUCAACGAUCCAGACGUCUUGCAAAAGAUUCCUAGUGGCUAGACAACGCUAUAUAGGCAUGUCACAACCAAAUGGCUGCACCUCCUGAUCCUGUAUUCGUGCUACGAGCACAUGAAGCGGACGUUACGGCUGUCGUUUUCAUAAGGAACAACACAAUCUUGGCUUCAGGCGACCAGGAAGGUCACAUAAUACUUUGGUCAGUACUUACUCGGCGUCCCAUACGACGAUGGCGUGCGCAUACAUCAGGGAUCUUGGCCAUUCACUCUGUAGCCGGCGACAAUUUGCUAAGUCACGGCCGUGACGAUCAGCUUCAUAUCUGGUCCUUGUGCGAUCCGUCAGAUAAAGCCUCGUCAAGCCCACAAAAGCCGGAAUUCACCCUCCUGGUCAACUCUCUGAAUUUUUGUGGGGUUUCUCUUUGGAAACAACCAGCGGACAGAGAAGGAGGCGCCGAGCAAACUCUCCUUGCGUUGCCAGGUCUGGGAGAAAAUGCGGAGAUUGACAUUUACAACUUGUCGACCAAGACAUACACACUCCAGGGUCUAAGCGUCCCAAAUGCAUCAAAAGACACAGGCUUGUGCAUGUGCCUCAAGUUCUUUGAGGGUCCAACUGGGCUCUGCCUUGCAGCAGGUUACGAAAGCGGAACCAUAAUAAUAUGGGAUAUCGAAUCCAAAGGCCUGGUGUGGAGACACAAAGUACACGAAGAGCCAGUCCUUUCGUUAGAUGUCCUUCCAGACGGCUCGAUCGGCUUUUCAGGUGGAGCCGAAACCAAAAUCUCCCAGUUCUUCCCUAUAUCAGAUCCCGAACAGACCACUCGGCAUCUCACUGUCCCGACCCGAGGUAUAGCAGUGGUGCGCAUACGGCCAGAUGGAAAGAUUGUAGCAACUGGAGGCUGGGACUCAAAAAUUAGAAUAUACAAUGCAAAGAAAUUUAAGCCGCUCGCAAUUCUUCGCGGACACCGGCAAGGUGUCUCAUGUCUUGCAUUUUCGGAAGCGGGAUCAUCACACGUUGGAAGUGAAACGAAUUCUGAAGAAGUGGCGCCGCCGAAUAUGUUUGCCGCUGGAUCAAAAGAUGGGAACGUGACACUUUGGCAGAUUUACUGAAAUUGUUGGUGGGCCAAGAAUGGGUCUCCUCUCUUGGAACGUGGGCAGCUAGUUUGCAUUAGGGCCUCCCUGGAAAUUGGUCAGCUCUCCUUCCGUUCAAGAUAUGGUGUACGCCUGUCGCGAGAUACGGAGAAUUUGAAUCGGCCCCGCUACUUCUCACGCGCCAUGCAUCUGACUUGACACUCCGUUGAUGGAUAUAAUCUCGUCACUAAUUUGGACGCGACUCGGUGGAGCUUGGGCUUCCGAUAUGAUCACCGAAUAUUUUGAUGUCGCCUGCUCGUCUCUUCUGUGAAGUUUUCACGGAUGAUUCAAUGGAUGAUUCAAUGGGGCUGCCUUCAUAAACACGCAUUAACCAUAAUCGACAGCCGUCCUCCGAUUAGGAUUAACAUUUUCCAGCAUAGAUACGCAUAUAAUGCCGCAUACAAAUCCAAAUGCAAAAUCAUGUCAUAUAACAAUGAAUCUAUACAAUAUCACUAUCUACAAGUAACUGGCGAAAUAGCU